UAGUACGUCAUUGCAGACACAUCCAGGAAAUGUCAAAGAGAUAAGAAAUGGCAACGCCGACUAGAUAAGUUCUUGUUGAUAAACAUUUUUUCAUUAAUACAAAUUAGUUAUAAAUCACACAUUUAUAACCGUAUGUAGUACAGAUAGCAUGGAACGAGAUAAGAGCUGGUUCACCAGCUUCAAAAACUUGAGAUUAGGUAAAAGACAGAGGGAGAGGAGCACAAGCAGUGAUAAUGUCGUUUUGAGACAUGCAAACGAAACUUCCACAACAUGUUCGAGGACCCGCAACAGUUUUAGGAGGAGCUUCAUCAAGUUCCAAACUAGAGUGAAAAACGCUAUGUCCAGAAGCAGAAGCAACAGACACACAAUUCACAAUACAAACAGUCCUACAAGGGACACAUCUUCAGCCAACCUCAGGGUAACAUUAGCAGAUACAAGUAGGCCUCCAGAAAAUAUUUACACCCUGGAUCCAGUUAGGGAGAAAUCUGAUACAAGUCCAGAUUUAAGUCUUGCCAGUUCAACUAAUGGUAGACCACCAGAACUACCCUUGAGAAAUCCUGAAAGAUUGCAAAUUUCACCACGGUCACAGGAGGUGGCCAGGGUUCCCACUGAUGAAAUAUCUAGUCUGUCCAAUUGUUACUGGUACUGGGGACCAUUAUCCAGAAUAGAAGCUGAAGACAAGCUCAAAAACUGCCCUGAUGGGGCUUUCCUUAUCAGAGAUUCAUCAUCCUCUAGUUAUUUAUUCAGUAUAUCAUUCCGGAGUGUUGGCAAAACACUUCAUACCCGAAUUGAGCACACAAGAGGAACGUACAGUCUUUUUGACCAGGAAGGUUAUUCAACAAUUAGGGAGCUCAUAGAUCAUGCCAUGACCAUUUCGAGUGAGGCAAUUUUUUGUUACUCAAAAAGCCAAGAUUCAAAACCAAAUUAUCCAGUUAGAUUAACAAAGCCAAUCUCUAGAUUUACAAGUGUUAGACCGCUCAAGUAUUUGUGUAGAUUUGUCAUAAAACAGUGUACCAAUAUUAAUGAUAUAUCUAAAUUACCACUACCACCUCUGGUUAUAGUGUAUCUCCAAGAAGAUGGACCAUAUUUUUAGAUUAAUGUAUGUGCACCCUGAAAUUAUCAUUUUCCACUUGGCUUUAAUUUGCUUUCCAAGUUCAUGAUAUUUAAGCAGAGAGAUUUUAUGAAGAAUAUAUCUAGAUAUAUUUGUUACUUUAUUAUUAGUAAGUUAUUUUGAUCUAAACAAUCCAAAGCAAUUUUUGGAUUUUUAUUUUUGUGUGUAAGAAAACGUGUAGGUUUUUGAAUAUUUUUUAACCAUGACUGAGCAGUUUUCAAUAUCUUUAUGACUAGUCUUAGAUUUUUAUUUAUGUUUGUAUUAUGAGAUAAUAAGGAGAAAUUGUUGUAUUUCCGCCCAUCUAGGUUUUCUUCCAUUUCAAAGUCUAUAUAACUACAGUAGUAUAUUUUUAUAAAGAGACAACUAUUAGAGAACUAUUUUUUAAAAUUAUAUAAUUUUUUUUGUUUAAAUAUUGCUUCAUAGUAUAUAAGUAUAUAUUUGUUAUGCCUUGUUAUUGACUGUAUAUUUAUGAAUUUGUGAUAUAUUUCAUUUGAAAGAAAUAAUAUAAAAAUGGGCUUAUUAAUAUAUUAAAUUAGCUGGUUUUUAUAUUAUGGCUUCCAGUAAAAUAAUUUCUAUUAAAUUUU